CUGUGCUUCUCUGAUGCGAACUCGAUUCCUCAACGUCGACUUCUUCCGUCUCUCUCCAAACCAAACCCUAGAAAACAUCUCCAUCUUCCGCCUUCCGAUCCCUCAUCUACCUGCUGCAAUUUUCCCUUCCGAGACUGAAAUCUCCUCCUUCGAUCUCAUUUCCUGCAACUCCUCCGAAGUUGACCGGCUUCCUUUUGAAAACGCUCUCUCUCAGUUCCUCUACGCCGUUCUCCCUUCGAACUGCGAUGAAUUUCAUGUAAUUCGAUCUCUGAACGAGGUGAAACAGAGGAAUUUCGAAUCCGGAGCUAGUUUGAUUGAAAUUCCAGAGAAGGACGAUGUCUGCUCCAUUAUUGAAGAGAAUGAGGAAAAAUGCAGGAAUUUCAGAUCUGAAUCUCCGGAGCUUGAGAUUAUUGAGGGAAAUGCCAACUCUUUCGUUGAAAAGAAUGGCAGAAAACAGAGGAAUUUCAGAUCAGAAUCUCCAGAAAUUGAAAUCGUGGAGAAGGAAAAUGAACUCUCUGAUGGAGAAAAGAAUGAAAGAAGGCUGAAAGAAAUUACAUUUGAAAUACCAGAGGUGGAUUUUCCACCGGAGCAGAGUGUUUGCUCCUGUGAUGGAGAGGAUGGACGAGUUCACUUUGAAAUUCCAGACUUCAAAAUUCCUGUGGAUAUUCUCAAAGUCAAACUGGGAGAGACAAUCCCAUAUCCCUACGAGAUUUCCAGGUCAGUUUAUUCAGUUGAAGACAUACCUACUGAGCACCAUAAGGACCAGAGUUUCUAUGUGGCAGAAUCCUGCUUUCUUCAGAACAGGAUUAUUCCGUAUACUAAAACAGUGUUGAACUUUGAAAUAAAUGAGAUUGGAUUGGAGAUUUCUACAUUUCCAUCCAUGGAAGACGAAUUCUGUUCUCUACUUUCAAGGAUCAGCCAAAGAAACUGGUCUGAAAUGGAUGACUUGAUGGUCAAUUCUCAGGAGCUUUUGGUAUCUCCAGAUGUUGAAAUCUUGGAGUCUUUGUCAGGACAUGGUCCAUAUGUGCAGAGUCUUGAACCUCAAACCAUGUGCCUUCACUCACUCAUAGACACGGACUUCAUGAUUCCGAGGGGUAACGUGCAUCUGGGAAGGCAUUCGAUAAUCUGUCCAAAGACGUCAGUUGAUGAUAUUUUUUCAAUGGCUAGCGUGAUUCAAUUUCAUGAGGUUGAGAUCCUUGAUUUGGAAUGUUUCCAAUCCUUCCAAGAAUUUGCCAGCUCACAAGUUGCCAGUGAACCAGAAACAUCAGGGCAGAUGUUCAGAGAAGAUAUGAACUCUGCUGGGAGCUUUUAUGAAUCGAUUGUUAACACUGAGCUCGCUCUGGUGGAUGAUGCAUUCAAAACAUUGCCUAUUCCAGUUCUAUGUGAUGAUAAAGAGAUAAUGUCUCUUCCUGAUAUUUUUGAAGACAUUUUAGACAAAUUAAAGAUGCAUCCGUCAUCUGCAUCUGAUGGGAUAUACUUAGAUUGGCAUCUUUUACAGGAUGAUACAUGUGACAGUAAUAUGUGUUCCACUUACAGGAACUUGUUGGAGGAGGUAGAUACUUGUGAUGUUCCUUCCGCGCUGAAAUCUACGAAUGAGAGGGUGGUGAUUGAACUUGUCUUCUAUGAUGAUUCACCAGAUGAGUUAAACACUGUACAAUGCAGGGAAAUACUCACUGAGCUUCCUAGUGCUAUUUCUGACUCUGUGGUUAUUGAGCCUCUUAGUAAAACUACUACGAGUCAUCCACUUAAAGAUGAAAACCAGAAGACUGAAGGUGGACAACCAGCAGUCACAAUAAAUCCUGAAAAGGUAUCUCUGUUAUUGGAGUCAAUGUCGCAGUUCAAUGAUCUCAAUUUCUUCCUGAAGGCCCGGAAGGUUGCUGCUGGUAGAAACAGUGAAGAUGUGAUCCACAACAAAACUGAUAGCAAAGCUUCACUCCAUGGUGUCUGCUCAAGUGAUCCGAUCAUGAUAUGCUCUCCUCCUGAAGUGAAUUUUCAGCCCUGGGAUAUUGAGAUCCAUGAGGUUAAGCUGUCCGAUCAUAUGCUGGGCCUCAUCGAUAACAUGCAAAAGAGAUAUUUCAUCAUUUUGGAAAAUGAUACUGAUUUAAACAAGAAGCAUUUCCAAUUCCAGGCUGUAGACAAUUUUAAGCUGUUGAGCCUUCCAAAACAAAAGCUAAUGGACUUGAUUACGAACACAAAUGCACCGAGAACCACUUCAGCCAGUGAAGAUGAAACCCUAAUGGCAUAUGCUGCAUUAUAUGCUAUUAAACAGAUGGCUUAUUACUUGUGUUUUUAUGGGAUCCAUUCAAGUCAUCAGUAUGCAAGAAAUCUAUCUCAAAGCCUCGAAUAUAUGAAAGCCAAAUUAAGUCCUCUUCUUUCUCUGAUUGAAGAUGCAUACAUGACAGCUGAAAAAGGAAUCAUUGAAUCACAUCCAUCUUUAUCUGUGGUUGAGGGGAUCCUGCGGUUAAACAAUUCUCGAAAUGGUAGAAAAAUAUUGCUUGUCUCUGAGAGAGUCUUCUGGUGGCCAUUGAAUAGGAAGCUGAAUGCAAUGAGUAUAUCAUUUCAUGAAGUAAGAAAUGUUCACUCAUAUUCGAAUCAACUAGGCGCCCUGGACAGUGAUGAGUUUAUGAAAUCUAUAUUGGAUUCUCUGCCGCAGACAGACUGCAUACUGAUAUCCCAUGAGCAUGUAUUUCCAUCAUUCCCAUUCAACAAGUUCAGCAUCAUCUUGGAAUAUGGAGGCUCAUGCGCUUCAUCUAGAAUAUCAACAAUUUCCUCAAAAUUAGUUGGGUUGCCUCAUAUUCACUUCCUCAAGAUGAAAUUGGAGGAAUCUGGUGUUCCCAAAGCACUUUGUGAAGGCUUUGAUGCCUCUCAGCAUCUUGCAUUUGCAAUGGAAGGUGCUUCAGUGCCUGACCAGCACAAAAGUUGCAACAACCAGCAGUUUGUAGGACUCCUCAACUUUAUACCUGUUGUGGAGAAGGGUAGUGAUAUGGCAUCUCUGGAGGUUGCAGAUACACUUGAAGCCUCCCAAGUACCAAACUCAAUGUCAAGGUUGCCCUUUACAAUAAAAUCCGGUGAUAUGCAUUCAAGCAUGUCCUCUUUUCCAGAUAUAGUCAUCAUUGUGAAUACACAGAGUUCUGAUAAAGAAAUGCUUAUAUCCCGGAGAAGCUCAUAUCAAAAGAUUCUUGCAAUGGAGAAAGGUGGAGUGCAAGUUGUUGAGCGAGAGUUCAAUCUGCCUGUGGACCUUAUCUUCAAUGCAGCAAUUUGCCUUGUAUGGUAUGAUGCCAGAAACUUUGGCAUCAAUACAACAUCUGCAGAGAAAGCUUCUUCAUGCAUACCUGAGUGCAUGGAGAACAUUGCAACCAACGUUUUAAUGUCACUGAGUUUUGCUUUCAGUUGCUGUGUACUGGUAUUUGAGGGAGAUAGAAGCUUCCUCACUGCCAUAAUGGAAGCAUCAGAUGGACUCUAUGCAGCAGCAGCUAGCCUGGAUAUGCAUUUGCAGCUAUUCUGCUCAUAUUCAUCUGAGUUAACCGAUGAAAUAAUUCUGAAUUGCACUAAAUAUGCCACGAAGCUGAACAGAGGCCUUUAUCCAGCAAUGCUGGAAUCGGAAACCCUUGCAGAAUCUUUUCUUACCAGGUUUCCUUCAAUCAAUCCACUCACGGCUCAUGCAAUACUGUCCUCUGGUGGCACGCUUGUGGAAUUUCUUGAAUGGUCACAGGAGAAACGAAUUCAGGCCAUUGGGAAGUAUCAUGUUCCUGAUGAAAGUAUUGCUCUUUUCAGUGCUCUUUGCAAGUAUGGGGAGCUGGGGGAAUCGAAAUCUGGAAUGACUGAGUGCUCCUCUGCAGUAUCUUCUGCUAUUGAGUCAGAUUACAAUAGCAGUAAAAUGCAGUCUCAGAGGAAAAGGCAAAAAUAUACCAUUAAUACUCAAUCUGUUGACAUUCCAACUGAUGAGUACUUGCAAUUUGAGCCGUUAAACAGAUCUGAAGAUGGAAGUCCAAAGCCUUAUAGAGAAUCCUGGCCAUUGCAAGGAAGGAUUUUCUCCAAUUGUGGUGAAGUAUUUGAGAAAUCUGAGGCCCACAACGUCUCUCUGAAGGAUCAACCAUUAGAUCAGAAGCCGGGUGCUGAUACUUUCUUCAUGGAAGAUCUGGAUUGGAAUGACAUCAAGAUAUUUGAUACCGUGGAUGAAGAUGUCAGAGGUACUAUAAUUAACAAAGAUAAUUUGCCCUUGGACAAUGACUUGUCCCCUAUCGCAGACACCAGAAGUUUCUCAAGGGGAGCAACACAAGUAUCAAAAGAAGCAGUAGUAGGAAAUUCUAUGGCUACUAGAAGAUCAUCAUUUAAUACAGGCAAUCUUGCCACCUUCCCAACCUCUUCAGAGAUCGACUGUGACUCGGACAUAUGGUUCUCUUUAAAGGAUCACAACCAACGGUUGGAUGACAAUAUUUCUGGAAAGCUAGAUAUAAAAUCUUAUGGGGAAGCUCCACCCAUGAAACGUCGAGGGGAAUUCUUGGAGGAGAGCAAAAUGCAGAAAUCUACGAGAAAUGCCCUUGGAUUAUCUUCCAGGCAGAAAGUUACACCCCCUUAUGGGGAGACACCGCUCCCAAAUGCCAUUCAUUCAUCACGACUGCAACAAGGGUCACCAUGGACAGUCGAGUUUCUAAAUAGAAUCAAGGAGAAGAAAGAAAGAAAUAAGCAGUCAUCACUUCCAUGCAACACAUGCAUUGAUUGUCCUCGGAGUUCAAAGAAAAUAGACAAAUUUUUCAAGAGGCGGAGUCCAUCUACUAUUGAUAAUUACAGGUACCAAGGAGGCAGCCAGAAUAAGAAAACAAUACAGCAGAAGUGGCAAAAACAAAGUAGAAAACCAUUACAUUCAGUUGCCAAUGAGAAGAAAGCUCUGUCCUUUGAUCCGACAUGGACACCAAUUGACAAGAGAGCAAGACAGAACCUAUCUUUCUCAAGGGAUGGAAAGGACAAGCAAAGUAAGCUGGUUUGGAGCGACAGGAAUGUUCACAGUCUGAGAAAGAGAUAUCAAGAUGAACCUUAAAUCAAUGGGCAAGUGCCAGCACUGCUGGUACAGUUCUGUAUCUUUCAUAUUUCAUUACAAUUUUCUUCCUAAAUUCAUUUGGGGUGAGCUCCAGUGGAACCGGUACCUCUGUAGCCACAUCACAGUAUACGAGGGAAGGAAUGCUCACCCUUGAUUUGCAUGGAGGGCCCACCAUGUUGUGUAGAUGGAAUGUAGACCUUCCAACCCUUCAUAUGUGUCCUGGAUGAAGGCUCAGACCAAAACUCAGGCUGCUUUCCAGUUCAGGUGGUCCCAUGUGAAAAUCAAGGGUGGGCAUCCUCUCUCACAUUGUUCCCUGUGUUUGGCCCUCCUGAGUGUUGGAUUGUGAUGGUCUUUGGCAACUCGGGUUAAUAUGAGGUGAUGUCUUGGAUGGACAGGUUGGCGACCUCAACAUAUCACAUAGGCCCCACAUCUGUUUGGUACCACCGUACGCUUACAGUGGUACCGGUACAACUGAAGCACACUUCAAUUCAUUUAACUGUCCAGUUAUGUUUAGGAAGCCGCAGUUAACAAACCUACCUGCAGAUCUAUACACCCCCCAACACUAAAAGUAGAAAAAAGGGGGUACAUGGAUCAACAUUGAGGGGUGUAAAUAGUGGAUUGCUUAUCUUUAUGUAUUUUGGAUGGUAUCUUUUUCUAGCAUGCAUUUUCCUUUGCCAAGGAUGUGAGGUUCUUGAUCCUAGAGAAUAUUGACAAACAUUAGGUGAACCAAAAAUGCAACAGA